AUGCCACAGAAUUACGAUUAUGACGAAGGUAGUGAAACCUGGCCAUUUUUUGUUUUAACUAUGGUCUUGGCGGUUUUGUUACCUAUGACGUUUAUUCAGUUGAAAAAAUUGUUUAGAAAUAAAUCAGAUGAAGAAAUUGAACUAGAGAAGGUCAAUAAAACUGAUAAAUUGAGUUCUAUUAGUGAUCUAUUAACUAAUAAGAAAAUAAAUAAGUUUCGUUCUAAAUUCGAAAGUAAAACUUCAAAUUUAUUCAAUUGGACUAAUUUGUUUAUUUGUGUUGGUUGGUUAGUCGUUGCUAUGUUGGUUCAAGUCAUCAGCAACAAUGAUAAGAUUAGAGAAGCUGCAAUUGGUUCUUUUGAUCCUUACGAUUUACUGGGUGUUUCUGUGACUGCUAGUGAUAAGGAAAUCAAAUCUGCUUAUAGAAAAUUAUCUUUGAAAUUCCACCCUGAUAAGGUUGCUAAAGACAUUACUGAAGAGGAAAAAAAUUCUUUGGAAGAGAUGUAUGUUCAAAUUUCAAAAGCCUACGAAGCUUUAACAGAUGAAUUGGUCAAGCAAAAUUAUUUAAUGUACGGUCAUCCUGAUGGUCCACAAUCUCAAACUCAUGGUAUUGCUUUGCCAAGUUUCUUAGUUAACGGCCUAGUCACUCCAAUUGUUGUUAUAUUCUAUGUCCUUGUUUUAAGUUUAGUAUUACCUUACUUGGUUAGUAAAUGGUGGUCAAAGACUCAAUCUUAUACAAGAAAGGGUAUCCAUAUUAAAACUGCUUCUCAUUUCGUUGAUAGAAUGAUCAAUUAUAAACCAUCCGAAAUCGUUACUGUUGAUUUGAUCAUUGAAUGGUUAUCUCACGCAGAAGAAUUUAAAUUGUUAUUCCCAAGUCUGAACUCUUCAGAUUUUAAAAGAUUAUUGUACUCCCAUAUUAAUAGAACUUCUGUAAAGGAUUCUGAAGAGGAUAUCAAAUUUAGAAUUGUAGCCAAGUGUCACAGGUUAUUGAAUGGUUUAUUGGAUAUUGCAUGUGGUUUCAGAAAUUUAGAAAUUGCUAUGGCUUCUUUAGAUACUUUCAAAUGUAUCGUUCAAGCUAUUCCAAAUACUGAAUAUUCUGAAAUUUUACAAUUACCACAUGUUGAUAAGGAGCAUUUCAUUGAUAAUUCAGAAGGUAUUCAUACUUUAGGUAAAUUAUUCACUUACUCUGACGAAAAAAUUGGUAAAAUAUUGGGUGUUAAAGAUGAACAACAAUUAAAAGAAACUUUAUCUGUUGCUUCACACCUUCCAAUUUUAAAGGUUAUUAGAGCUGAAUUUAAAGUUCCUGGUGAAAAAUUUGUUGUUACUUCCUCUGUCCCUCAUUUGAAUUUAAAAUUAUUAGUCCGUUCCGCUAAGCACAAAUAUAUCCCAAUAGACAAGUUUACAGAUGAAUUAUUAGCAGAAGAAGAAGAUUUUGAAAGUCAAAGAGACCCAUUUGCAAUGGUUCUCGAGCAACCAUUAUUGCCAUAUUCCUAUGCUCCAUAUUUUCCAACAAAAAGAGUCAACAACUGGUAUUGUUUGGUCAGUCUACAAAAGGAUAACAAGAUUAUUCAAACUCCAGUUCCUGUGGAGAGAUUAUCCUUUAGAAAUUUGGAUAAAGAUUUAGAUAAGAGAUUGAUAAAGGAAUUAGAUGAUAAGAAUUUUGAUCCAAGUGAAUGGGAAAUCGGUACCUUUAAAGUUCCUUUAGGUCAACCAGCACCAAAAGAAAAGGGAGAUGCAUACUUUAGAAUUGUUCUAAAAUCUACAGAUUAUUUUGGAAGUGAUCUAGACUUCACUGUUGAAAUGAAAGUUCGUGACCCAGUUGAAGAAAAAGUCGAAGAAGUCUAUUCUGAAGAAGAUGAAGAUGAAGAUUCCGAAGAUUCCGAAGAUGAGGAUGAAUCUGAUGAAGAAGAUGAAUCUGACUCCGAUUAUACUGACAUCGACACUGAUACUGAAGAUGAAGAUGAAGAUGAAUCAAAUGAAAAGAAAUAA